GUCUUUAUAUGUUGUGACGCACAGGUAGCAUUGUUGGGAAAUGACAUCUCACCUGCCCACCUCAACCAAUCAAUGCUUCUGUACCCUGUGACGUUGCUGUAAACUACGCAUUCUUCUAACAGGGUACUAGUAUUUUUUCUUACUUCAAGUCCCGACUUUUGAAGGGUGGAAGUGUUUUGAAGGGUGGAAGUGACGUUAUAGAUUUGUCCUUUCUUUGCUGACAAUGAGCUCGGAGAAGGCUGCAUACGCAGGCGAAGUUGCCGGCCGGGCCCGCCGAGACCGACCCGGCGCGGCCCGACCGGUGACGGUGGCCGUGGCGGCCGUGGCGGGGGUGCUGGUCGUGGCGGCCCUCGUCUUCCUCUUUCAUGGGGUAAAGCAUGUCCGUGAAAACUCCGCUCAACUGAAAGACCAGAUCCUGACGCUGAAGGAUCGUACCUUGGCCAUGGAGAUCAAGCAAGACGUCGCCGCUAAAGACAAGGAGAAAGCGUCCUCUCACAAGGAGGAAAUGACGGCCCUGAAAAUCCAACUGUCCUCGCACAAGGAGGAAGUGACGGCCCUGAAAAUCCACAUGUCGUCCCUGCAGACUCAACUAGACAGCGAACGUGCGGAGUUACAGAAGGAGAAAGCUGACGGGGCGUCUUUGAGGGAGAGACUGGCUGUGCUGGAAACCAAGUUCCAACUCGGGCAUGCUGAGGAACACAACUUCGGGAACUUUCGAGAGGGCGGGAAGCCGAACCAAGCUGACGGUGUCCCUGAACACAACGCCACCUUGCGGAGGUACAGGCGAUCCGACAACUCGGUCACGGCAACUGCAGGCCUCUUCCGGGGUCCUGAAGGACCGGCCGGACGAGACGGGCGGGACGGCCGCGAUGGUGCUCCCGGGCCGCCCGGGCCUCCCGGUCCGGCUGGUGGAUGUGGAGGGUGUGGAGGACAAUCCUGCCCACAGCAGCCGUGCACUGCAGUACCUCUAGGUAUGGAGAGCGGCGCUAUUCCUGAUGGCCACCUUACUGCAUCCACUUCGUGGGGCAGUUCAGGUCAUGACGCCAGCAAAGCUCGCCUUCAUUCCCAUGAGGGCGCCGGAGCCUGGUGCGCUGCACAGAACAACAACCAGCAAUGGUUACAGGUUGACGUGGGAGCAGAGACUACUGUAGCUGGAGUUAUCACCCAGGGUAGGUCCAGUAACAUCUAUCCACAAAGGGUGACCUCCUACAAACUACGCUUCAGCAGAGACGGAAUCACGUGGUCUACAUACCUGGAUAAACUGGGACGUGAGAGGAUCUUCGCUGGCAACUCUGAUCAGGACACCGAAGUACGCCACCUGUUGGACCCGCCGGUAACUGCACGUUACGUCAGGUUCUGGCCGCAGACAUGGAAUCAGCACAUCAGCAUGCGGGUGGAGGUCCUGGGACAGGACUGCACCGGUGACUAGACACAGCAUGCAGACGUGGAGAUUCCCAAAGCACAGAUUUGCACAUAACAGGAUACAUAAUGUAUCUGCUUCGCAGUUUGAACUGAAGCACAUUUUCUUAUAAUUACUUAUUGUGAUAGUUCACACCUAUGAUGUGUUUUCUUAAAACUGUUAUCAUCUUUGGUUAUCAUCUCGGUAAAAAAAGUAACAUUGUUUUUGGUAUGUUUGUUUGGUUUAGCUAUGUGUUUGCAGUUAUUUGAGGUGGCCUAGGUGGGUUCAGAAACUGUACAUGUAUCUCAUGAGUCAUGGCUACACUGAGAGUUACUUAACGUAUUUUGGGUUACCGAUUUAAAACUUGUGACAACAAUGUUCAGCCUAUUUUAUAUUAAUAUCAUGUCCUGGUGAUUACAGCAUUACAUUUUAUAUUGUAGCCGACGUGUAUUGUGUAGUGCUUGAUGAAAAUGUCAAUGGCUUCAUGAUGUAAAGAAGGAUGACUACAUUCCUUGUUUUUAUAUGCUGGUGUUGCUGUACUUAGUUACUACACUGCCUUUAGUCGUGGAGAAAUUUUGACUAAUGUUUUCAAAAAUGUAGCUACUUCAUUUGUACAUGUGCACUCAGAACCUUUCAGGCAUUUAUAUUCCGAAAUAAAGCAGACUGUUCCACAUA